UAAAAAUAUAAAUAUAAAUAAAGUUUAUUAUUAUUGCGCGAAGGUUUGCACCGUCCAUCAAUGGCGAAUCUGAAAACCGAUUCCCCCCUCUCCACCCGCAUCGCCCGUUCUUUCCUUCACUUCCUCAGCUCCGUUGAACCGUCGGAUGGAGUUGACAGUGAAGCGCUUGAAGUUGCAAAGGAAUGCUUGGCGGAGGUUUUUAAGAUUGAUCAGUCUUCAAUUGGUAGUCAGUCGAAAAUCGACUCGCUAGUCGACAUUUUCAGUUCUAGAGAAGAAUCUGAGAGGCGUUUCGGUAACAAUGGUGAUUCUGAGGCGCCGACUUUGUCUAGUGGGAAGAAUUCUGGAGUUUCAGUGGCACCACAAUCAUCGGAUAAGGACAGGACAAGGGAGCCACAUUCACUUGGAAAAGAUGAACUUUUUGGGCAGUUCUUUGGUGCUCUUGAAAAGCUCCACUAUUUCAGAAGAAUGCCUGAUGGGAAUGAUGAUCAGAUCCAGCUUGACAGAGCAACAUAUCUAUUUCAUAAUGCUGUGCAGGAAAUGCAAACAGCAGGAUGUCAAACUUUUGAUCAGAAAAUGCUGGCAGAGACCUUUAAGACACAAGGUAACAAGGCCAUGCAGUCUAAACUCUACACAGAAGCAGUUGAACUAUAUACUUUUGCCAUUGCUCUAUGUGAUGACAAUGCUGUUUACUACUGCAACAGGGCAGCUGCAUAUACCCAGAUUCAACUAUAUGAUGAAGCAGUUCAAGAUUGUUUGAAAUCCAUGGCAAUCAAUCCAAAUUAUAGCAAGGCUUAUAGUCGCUUGGGAUUUGCUUACUAUGCCCAAGGGAAGUACAGGGAUGCGAUUGAUAAAGGAUUUACAAAAGCCUUGCAGCUGGAUCCUAAUAACGAUUCAGUGAGAGAAAAUAUUCGGGUUGCCGAACAGAAGCUGAAAGACGAGCAACAUAGAGCAGGAUCUGGUCAGAGUUCGACCUCCACGAGUCAUGGACAGUCCAGCCACCAACAUGAAGGUCGACCAAGAAGUAGUUCGGCAUCAGCACCUCCACCUCCAUUUUCCAUGCCUUUCAACAUGAAUGGUUUUCCUCCUGAUAUCACUAGCAUGAUGAUGAAUAUGACUGGCAACAUAUUCCCUGAACACUUUCAAGAUGGACCUGAGGGAGCGAGUCAAGCUGGUCCACACGACGAGCCAGGAGUCACAGUAGGUGGCAAUGUAAAUUUCAACGUCAAUGAGCUGCCUGAGGAGAUAUCUGGUGCUUUCAGGUCUAUGAUGGGGAUGUUCUCUGGAGCAACACCCGAUGGGAAUCAACAAGAUAACAACAAUGGAAGACCAGCUCCGAGCUGAGACAGCGAUUUAGUGCUUGAACAAACGCAUGUGGAAUCCUGAAACUCGAUCUCUACUUUUGAACGUCAGGUGGUUGUUAUUGUAACCCUACCGCAGUUUUACUCAAUAGAUUUGCAUUUGCAGGAGCAGAAUCUGGGUUGCUGGAAGUAUAAUGCAAAUUCAGGUAAAUUUUUGAAUGAUCUGCAAUGAUGCCGCAUCAGUUUGUUCGAGAAGGAUAUUUUUCUCUUAUUUAAGUAUAGUGCUAUUUUUUCGUUUCUUUUUUUCUUAUCCUUAUAUUUUAACCAAUUUUAGGUUCUCGCUGGUAUUUUCUGAUUCUGACACAUUUAAUUUGUGUACAAGGAUGAUAUGUAAUUAAUUUUCCUUUUUAUUUUUA